CUGUACCCAGCAUCAAAUAUCUCACCACAGUUUAACGAAGUUUUUAGAUUUGUUAAAAUUACCGUAGAUCUGCUUUAGCGCACUGACAUACUUUUCUUAGGGUUGCCUUUAAAAUACAUAACUUGUCCUGAAAGUGUUUAUUUACCAUGAAUAUUUCCGAAGUGCCUCAAGACCAAUCUGACUCAAUUUUAAACAAAUAUGCAGAGUGCGAAAAUCUUUCUGAUCCUGACCUAUAUCGUGCGUGGGAAGACGAAAAUCGUGGACGGGAAGCCCGCAUAAAAUGUUUGGAAAUGUUAUACCAUGAAUAUGGUGCCAUUAUUCGAGCAUGGGAAAACAAUAACUCCUUACAACAAAAUAGUGUUGCUGAGUGGAGAGGGAAGGUUAAAAUAUGGAGGGAACUGCUUCGAGCCCAUAGAAAUCCUUCUCGAAAAUUGGACGUCAUCGCCAGGAUGAGGAGAGAUGCCGAUUCGCCACAAAAUCCACCUCUUCAAAUGUCACCGGGCUUAAAAGAUCUGGUUCCGGUUGAUGUGGAUGCUGCUGGACUGCUGGGAGACCUCGAUGGAGCCUGGAAAGACGUCAAUAAGGCCUUAAGAAAAAUUAUGGCGGUUAAUUGUAGCCAUUGGCAAAAUAUUAGAGCCGCCCAUUGCCCAGGCUACAUCCAUCUAACCGAACCAUACUCUGAAGGAGGCCAUUAUUCCUGUGUUCAGAACCAAAUACGAGCUCACAAAUCCGUGGGGAUCGAUGGCAAUUUUUUGGACAAUUUGCACCAAGAAGCUCGGCGAGUUCUCAAAUCAGACGGCAUCGGCAAGACGUUGGAGGAAAGAAUCAAAUUUAUGAUUGAUGAUCACUUGAGAGAGAUACGCAAGGAUAUCUCGCAGUUUUCAGGAACGCAUUUUAUUAUUCUUCUGUCCUCGUUACAGUCCCUAUUGGGCAUGGUUUUGUUCGAUAUCAAAUGGACGUACCUAAAUCAGAACGAUUUUCAAGGCAUUGGAGAUUGGAAUAUAAGUGCUUUUGGUGAUGAAGUCCUUCGCAGUUUUGUUGAGAAAGAUGAUCAAGUUCGCUUUAAAUUACGCCACGCUCUGGUGGACAGUAGAUUACAUGGCUUAUUGGGCAACGAAACUCAUUUGAAAAUGGGAUUUAAUAUGCUGUUGAAGCUUGGAAAGGGAACAUUCGAAGUGUACGAGGCCGUCUGCAUGCAUGCGGAUGUACGCUUGCACGAUAACCUUCUGAUACGUGCGCAAAGUUGGCAAGCCCAGUUUCACGAAUCACAACCGAUACCAGUAUCCGACACCAUGUUGGCUGUGAGCGAGAACAGUGAGACCAGCGGUGUUCAGGAACUCGUCUUAUUUGGCCGCCCCGGUCAAUUCAGUUAUUCGGGGAAAAAGUAUCUUGGAGGUGGAAGCUUUGGCAUAGUUUAUAAAGCCACGGUAAAUGAUAGCGGAAAUACACGCGAUAUUGCCGUUAAGGUUGUAUCAGCUAUGGAGCUGCAUAAAGAAACUGUUCGUGCAAAGUGGAAAGACUAUUGCCGACAGUUUAGUACUGUAUUAGAACUGCAAAAUCCCUAUGUGGCGAAAUACCAUAAGGUCACCGCUACCAGCGAGGGAAAUAUUGAGAUCAUAAUGGAUUAUUACGAUGGUGACUUAUCAGCGAUUUUGCGAGCAAAAAUCAAGCUCAGUUACGGUGUGACUGUAUGCUUUGCGGGUCAGAUUGCCGAAGGACUGCGCUAUUUGCAUGACAACCACAUUAUACAUGGUGAUUUAAAACCGGAGAACAUUCUCUUACAGAAUGGUGGCCAGCUAUACCGGCUAGUUAUUGGUGAUCUGGAUGAUAGUGUGGUUAUGCGGAGAAUGAUGACAUGUCCAGAAGACAUGGAAGAGAUGCGUGGCACAAUGCAUUAUAUGGCUCCAGAAAUGCUUAAGAAGAUGAUUGGCCAAUCUGAAGACGACGAUAUGCCGGGAAGGAAAUCCGACAUGUGGAGUUUUGGUUGUAUCGUCCUGGACCUGGUAAAUUGUCACACGGGAAUUGAUAAGAAAUGGCUGAUCAAAGGCUCCCAGAAAAUCGAAGCCGGAACAGAACUUCCAAAGCUUCGUUUUAUACAGUUGAUUGUGGACGAGUUGUUUGUUCCGUAUGUGGACGAUUCUACGCCGGCAGCUCUCGCAGAAUGCAUUCAGGGCUGUUUGCACAUAGAGGAAUAUGCAAGAAGUUCUGCAGAGGAAGUAAAGCGAUUUCUUUGCGAAGAGCUUCUUACUUGGCGUAAUAAGUUUGACUUGCCGAGAGCCAAAGGAAGAGAACACGGCGACAACUGGAAUGAUUUUAGCGAUUUCGAUUUUUGCUCCAUGAAUUUUGGAAAAAUUUAAUACGACGUUCAUGUACCCGGUACUCAUGCCGAGAAACUGUCUGUUUCUUUGUUGAGAUACUUUUACUUAGAGUAGUUUUAAGGUCCGGAAAAAGUACCAUAUGUGUAUAUAUAUAUAUAUAUAUUUGUAUUUAUCUUGCUGUAUUUUUCUGUGACUAUGCUUUUCCAGUGUAGUGUACUUUGCAUGCUAGUGCUGUAGAUUUGUAAUGACGUCCAACCCGAGACAAUGCCGAAUGUGCUUUACUGUAUUUACGAGCCGAACCGGGAUUCUGGCGUCCGUAACG